GCUCCUGUCAUGCGUCGUCAGCGUGCCGGGUGUGCGCUGAGCCAGCCUGACUGUGCCUAAUAACUGUCACCAGCUGUGAGGGGCACUGGGGGAGACGUCGCACACAUGGAUGGGAGCAGAUGGAGGGGACUCACGCCAAUGCCUACUUUCACUUUUGUCUUGCAGUCGGCGCUGGAGCGCGCUCCUAAACACUGAUUUGAUCGGAUUCGUGGAUGUGAGCACCUCUGUGGGAUUAGAAGGUUAUACUGGGUGAAGGAGAUCGACGAUGCCCCUCUCAUCCCGGCUUUUGUUCGUGCUGCGGACGCGUGGUACCCACAGUCCACCGGCUCCACGUCAUCUCCAGUAGCGCGCCGCCGCCUGUUCCUCUGCCUCGCGCUCCUCCGGGAUAAUAUGACGUCCUGGUUCCGGACGUACGACAGCAGCUUUCUGGGUUUCGUGAUCUGCUCCUUGAUGGUGGUUGUUGUGUGCGCGGAAGCCUCCCGUCCGGCUGACAGUGCGUGUUGGUCUCCCAGUAUCACUUCCUGCACAGAGUGUCUCAGACGUGGACCGCAGUGCGCCUGGUGCUUUGAGGAGGGCUUUCUGGAUGGUGCAGGACCAAACUUCCGCUGUGAUCUGCUGGUGAACCUGCUCAGUAGAGGCUGUGGGUCUGAGUUUAUAGAGCAGUCAGACAUCAAGGUCAAGGUCAACACCAGUGCAAGCAGCACACAAGUGUCCCCUCGAGACAUCGGUAUCACCCUUACAGCCGGUUCUGAAGCGAGCUUCAUCGUGGCUGUAAAACAGCUGCAACUUUAUCCUUUAGAUCUGUACUACCUGGUAGACAUAUCGGCGUCUAUGCAAGAAAAUCUGGAUCACUUGAAGACGGUGGGCGUGGCUCUGUCCCUUCGUAUGACAGAGCACACUUCCAACCUUUGGUUGGGUUUCGGCUCUUUUGUGGACAAGCCAGUCUCACCUUACAUCAAUGUCCAUCCCUCAAAGAUCAGCAACCCCUGCAGCGAUUACGAUAUUCACUGCCGUCCAGCCCACGGCUUCCAUCACGUCUUAAGUAUGACGGGGAAUUUGACCGAGUUCACGCGGGUGAUGAAACAUCAGCGUAUCUCUGGGAACAUGGACACGCCUGAGGGAGGACUGGAUGCUAUGCUGCAAGCUGCCGUGUGCCAGAGGGAAGUCGGCUGGCGGCCAGAAGCAAAGAGGUUGUUGCUCCUAAUGACUGACCAGACAUCCCACCUCGCACUGGACAGCCGACUGGCCGGCAUCGUUACGCCUCAUGAUGGUCUGUGUCAUCUGGAAAACAAUGUCUACACAGGGAGCACCAGGAUGGACCAUCCCAGUUUGAACCAGCUGUCUGACAAGCUGCUCGAAAACAGCAUCUACUCCAUCUUUGCCGUGGAGAAGCAGCAGUACCGGUGGUACGAGGAGUUGGUGAGUUUCUUGCCUGGUUCCUACCUGGGAAAGAUUGGCGUCUUCCAAGCCUCAAACCUAAUAGACCUGGUAGUGGACACAUACAAGAGGCUGUUGUCGGAUGUGGCGGUGUCCGUGGCCGUGGAGGACAAGGCAGUCAACAGAUUCUGGGUGUCGAUAUCGCCUUUGUGUCCUGACGGCUCCACGACUAAAGGCCAAAGUUGCUCCGGGGUGCAGCCUAACCAGACGGUCUCCUUCAAUAUCACCAUCGGCCUGCACUCUUGUCCUGACGAUGACGAUGAUGAUGCUGAAGAUGUCACAGUGAUGAUUCGCCCUGUGGGUUAUAAUGAAUCCACCACUGUCAGGAUCCACUCUAAAUGCCGCUGCAGCUGCGGUCAGACAGGACAGUGCCAUGACAGCAGCCAGUCAGGGUGCGGCGGGACAGCAGAGCGUACGGAUGAGGAGCAGACAAAAGCGCGCGGACUGCUUAAGGAGUCGAGCUGCAGAGCUGCUGGCGCUGACGUGGACUGCUCUGGACGAGGAGUGUGUGACUGUGACAAGUGCGUGUGUGAGCAAAGCAAGCUGGGAAAUGUUUACGGAAUAUAUUGCGAGAUGGACAACUUUUCCUGCUCCUAUGAAGGCGGACUGCUGUGUGGCGGUCGGGGGGUGUGUGUGUCAGGCAAGUGCGUGUGUGACGGCAGCUGGACAGGCGCGACCUGCGGAUGCCGAGUCUCCACGGCAAGCUGCCAAUCACCUGACGGCGUGGUGUGCAGUGGGCAGGGCAGAUGUGUGUGUGGCGAGUGUGUGUGUGAUGACGAGCGAUACUCCGGACGCUUCUGUGAGAGAUGCCCUGUCUGCCAAAGCAGCUGUCAAUCAUACUGGAAGUGUGUGGACUGUCAGCUGUCUCACGGGCUCACACAAGGGGAGGUGGGACGCUGCAAUCAAACCUGUGCCACACUGGUGGACUACACAGAUGAUGCAUCGGGACUACAAGGGGACGUAAGGAUUCAGUGUGUGUAUGUCACUAAGGACAGCUGUCUCUACAGGUUUCAGGCGAACUCUGAGUUUGGACGGACUCAGCUUCACAUCAGUACAACACCAGAGUGUCCUAGUCACGGCCGACUGGUCGGUACCUUCUUGAGCGUGUGCGCUCUGACGGUGCUGUGUGGGCUGGUGAUGGUGGCCGUGUCCAGGCUGCUGCUACAAAAAAAGAAAAGUUGGUCUCCAGGGGGCGCCGCUGAGAACAGAGGCUAUCACUGCACUGGAAAGGAUCUGUCAUUCAUCCCUACCGCCAACGAAAAGACGGUUACCUACAGAAGGGAUCACCCAAAAGAAUGCCCCCUAGAGAUGCGCAUCCAAGUUCCCAAGAUGCCACUUGGGGAAUCCUGGCAGUGCUAGUGGGAGGUCAAAGGUCAGGGUCAACACGAGAACAAAGUCAGCAACAGUGGAGCCUUAAAGAAGAAGAACUGCAACAUUUUCCUCUUUCUUCGUCUGAACCUGCUUACGAGUCCAAGCAUCGCUGUCACGGUAAUCUGUAGACGCUUGACAGAAUAUAAAAGAGAUGUCUCUGACUAGACUGUGUGACUAAUACAGCCAGUAUCCUGUUAAUGG